GGCUGGGCAACAAUCUGAUGUCACUGAUAUCAGCCAUGACGUACAGUCUGCUGACCAACCGUGCCAUCAUCCUUGCACCGGGCACGGACGUGGCGUCCUUCCUGUGCAACCCCUUUGACGACUCCAACUGGGCCAUCCCCGCGCGCAACUACAAGCACGUGUACCUGAUGUUUCAGAAGCAGCCGCGCGUGAUGGAGUUUGCUCGCAUGUUGGCCAACGGCACUCAGUGGAGCAAGAAGGCCGCCUUCGCUGACCUCCGCUUCUCGAACAUGUUAAGGUACGGCGAGGAGGACUGGAAGUUCUUUUGUCCAGGAGUACAGGUGGCGAUAGAGGAGGCGCGGUUUGUGGCGUUCUACACGGACGAGUACACCGUGCCUGGCUUCUACCUGCUGCCCCAACUGCAGGCGCGGCUGCAGAAGUGGUUUCCGGACGGGAGGGUGUUUCUGCACAUGGCACGAGCCACACUGCAGCCGGCCAACUACCUGUGGCAGCGCAUCACACGCGUCUUCCACGCACACCUCAAGCACCACAACCGCCGAGUUGGCAUCCAGGUGCGCACGUUCUACCGGAGGGACACGGACACCAACCCGCGCAUCCUGGAGUGUGCUGUCAACGUGUCGGGCUACCUGCCACGCCUCUUCUCCUCUGACCAGUGGGACGCUCUCACUGCCAAUCCGGACAGUCGCAUGGAGGCCAUACUGCGCAACCCGUACCCGCGGUCGGUGGGCGUGCUGCUGACAUCUCUGUCGCAGCACCACAUGGACUACCUGCACGAGGCCUUCUCCACCCAUGAGACCGUUGAUGGCACCGUUGUCGCGCUGCACAGGUGCCACCGCAUGCACAUGCACAUGCACAUGCACAUGCACAUGAGUGAUGCUGGGCAGAGCAGAGGGGGAGUGCGGUGGGGGGAGGGGGAAGUGCUGGUAGUGCACGGGCUCGCAGUGAAUCAGUAUUUUCUCCUUGCCCUUGUAUCUUGCUCUCGUCCCUGCCCCGUUUUUUUCUCUCCUCACUUGUGCACACCGGAUCCCACCUGCACCCCUCGCAUGCCCUGCUGCGCGGCUGCUGCUGCUCGUGUGCCCGCCCGCAUCCCCGGCAGUGAAGGGCACGAGGGGUUGGAGAGAGCGAAGCUGAGGCAGCACGAGAAGGCCUUUCUUGAAAUGUGGCUGCUCAGCUUCAGCGACCAGCUGCUGGUAUCGGACAUGUCAUCGUUCGGGUACAUAGCAUCGGGGCUGUCAGGGCUGAACCCGUACUCGCUCAACAUCGGCUUCCGCACGGCGGAGAACCUCAACUGGUACAUCAACCGCCGCCCCGUGUGCGCGCGCUCCUCCUCCGAGCCCUGCUUCCUCACCCCGCCCGAGUUCCUCAAG